GUAAAAGAGCGCUGGUGGGAAGCCUUCAUCGGCAGAGAGAAGACAAGACAAGAGACGCCUAACCCAAACCCUAGCAUCGUCCUCGACCUCGACCCCCUCCCUCCCCCGGCCGGCAAUCCAUGGCGCUGCGCAACCUGGCCGCGAAGUUGCGGAUCCCCACCUCUGCUGCUGCCCGGCUCCCGUCGCCCCCCACCCCUGCUGCUUUCCGGCUCCCAUCGGACCCUAGCGUUCCGCCGCCGUCCGUUUCUCGGCUCGAGAGCGCCAGAGACUGGUACCAGUUCCAGCGGGCACGUUAUGAUGAUGUGACAAGAGAGUUUAGAAACUUCAGGCUUGAGGUUGUGUGGUCUGAAAGGGUGGCUAACCUGCUUGAUUUGGCUUACAAGGUGGGUUGUCCUAUUGUCGUUGGUGGUGUGGUCAUGAAAGGGAUUGCCUAUCGGGUGCUUGCCUAUCAGAAGAUGUGAUGGGGGUAAUGGCCAUGUGCUGCUCUGUUCAUUAGUGCAGAUGCGUGUGCACUUGUGGUGAGCACUCUGGUUGUGGUAACUGGGAACUGCCUGCAAGAGCAGAUAACCAUGUAGAAAUAAAUGGUUUGUUGCGUACGUGUCUUGAUCCGUUGUGUGUCAUGGACCAGUGGUUUUGACUUGAUGUAAUUGUGUCUAAGCGUACUUCUUCCUGGUAAUGGUGUUGGUGCACUUGGUUUGAUGAAGAAUGUUUUUUUGAGCCUUGGUUUGAUGAAGAAUGUUUUUUUGA